AGUAUAGAGGUAGUCAGUUGAUCGAGAGGGCGAUUUAGUAGCGAGUGAGCGCUCCACGAGCGAGCGUCGUUGCGUCGUUGUGUCGGUGCCGUCGUCGAGCGAUAAUGACAUCUCGUGAUCGACGAGCAAUCGUCGGAUCUUGAGAAUCGUGUGUACGCGAUAGAGAAGGCGCGUGGCCACGCGCACAGACCGCGCGGAUUUCGCCGAGGAUCCAAACCGCCGCGACAGUUCCGUGCUCGCACGCGCAGCGUGUAGGCGCGCAAACGCGAACGCGAACGCGCUUCGGCCUGCAGCCUACUGCGGACGGUCGUAGGUUCUCUCCGCGUUGCUCGUUGGCCCAUUGGCUCUCGUCGGAUCUUUGGUCGUUGGCCCGUUGAUACAGCGACCGCGAGAGCAGCAGUUGGUUCUCCCGUGUUUAUCGCAUCGUCGUCCAAAGCGAGAGGAAGGUUUGCAAGCGCCCCGUCUCGAACGCAAGCGCUUCGUAGCACGCGCAUCGUUCGCUUCUUCUUUGGAUCUCGUCUCACUGCCGUUGUCACUGCCAUUGCCACUGCCGUUUGUCACUGCCUUUGCCACUGACGUUGCCAGCGUUACUACUACCACGCCGCUACCUGCUGUUGCUGCUAUCGCUGGGCUGCUACCGUGUGUUGCUGUUGUCGUUGUCACGGCCUAUGAGUUGUCAUCGUGUUAUCGUCUGUCGCGUUUCAUUCACAGUUUUUUUCGUGCCGCUGUCCAUGCGAGGCAAACAAAGUCGGGGCUCGUUAUUGCGACCGACAAGACCCAGCAUAGAAGAGCGCUUGUACGAGAAAACGAGAAGGAGUCGAGCGAAGAAAUUAUUGUCCCGAGGAAUAACGUGUACGGUCGGAUAGCCCGAGAAAAACGUACGGGAAUAUCGUUCGUUUCGCGGUGGAAUUUCUUCGGAGGGGAAAAAAGAUUUAUUUGCGCGAGAGAGUGGUGACGCCGGAAAACUGAGCAGAACGAGGAAUAUUAUCCCCGGAUUCGCGCGCAAGUGUGUAGUGAAAAAAAGUGAGGUGGUUCCUCGGAGUUGUCGCGAAUAUUAAACGUCGAAAAUGGUACCGCAACAGCAAGAUAGUCCCACCAGUUCUGGGAUACCUAUGUUCGGAUCGCUGCUCGUGGAUAAAAAUUCAGCGACACCGUAUUCGGAUGCUACCCAGACGAAAAAGAACAACCCGAACCACAUAAAGAGGCCGAUGAACGCGUUCAUGGUCUGGUCGCAGAUCGAGCGAAGAAAAAUCUGCGAGAUCCAGCCGGACAUGCACAACGCGGAGAUCAGCAAGCGUCUCGGCAGGCGAUGGAAAACGCUGGACGAGGCGGAGAGGCGACCGUUCAUUGAGGAGGCCGAGAGGCUGAGGCAGCUGCACAUGAUGGAAUACCCGGAUUACAAGUAUCGGCCGCGAAAGAAAACCUCGAAGCCGACCGCCUCGGCGAGCAGCCCGAAGAGCAAGGAGGGGGGAAAGAAGUCGAGGAAAUCGUCGUCGACGAUCUCGGGCGGCGGCGGCGGCAGCGUCGUCCCGUCGAGCCUGGGCUUGUCCGCCGCGACGAAAGGACUGGGACAGACGCGGAACGACACCAACAACAACAUGCAAACGACGAGCAGCGGUGGCGGUAGUACCGGUGGCACAGGCGGCACCGGCGGCGGCGGCGGCAUGCUGGUCGGCGCGACGGUCAAGAGAUUGCAACCGCAAUCGAAUGGUAGCAAGCCAGUUUCUCGAUUGAAGGUCAGAUUGGCGCUGGACAAGCGACCUCCGCUCGACUACACUCCUACCCCUCCGAUCGUCACCGCCAAGAUACCGAGCAGUCCUUCCUGCGUCGCGCCCGAUUCCCCGGAGUCCGCCAGCUUCUACGAAGACAAUUUCCUCGAUUGCGGCCCGUCGGUGCGACUGGCCUCCAGCGUCGCUUCCAGCGUCGCCCCCGCCUCCGCCUCCUCCUCCUCCUCCUCCGCCGUCGCGUCUACCACCGCCUCCGCUUCCACCUCCGCCAAGAUCGGCGUCGAGAUCAAGCGAGAAGAGAAACUGGAGGUGGAGUACGAGGCGACGUUCGAGCCGAAAGACCGACUUCUUUCGUCGGUCGGUCGCGCGGUGGUCGGCGGCUCGAGCCUGGCCAGCGCCGCGACGAUCGCCUUCCCCCCCUCCGUCGACGAAAUGAGCAGCCUGAUCGCGGAACGGGGCUACCGCGGCCGUACCUCCUGCCAUCAUCAUCAUCAUCUCGGCCGUUCCUCCGGCUUCUUGGUGAAAGAGGAGCCGGCCGAGCUCGAGGCGGACAUGGAAAUGGACAUGGACAUGAAAAUGGAAAUGGACGUGGAAACGGAGCCGGACGCGGACGCGGAAGCGUUGUCGCCGGCCUCGCUCGCCGACUCGGACCACGCGUCCACUUGUUCGCUGUCUGUGCCUGUGUCGUCGGUGCCUGUGUCGUCGGUCCCCGCGUCCUCCCUUCCCGUCGCGAUCUCGGUGGCCACGGCCAAGACUACGGUCCCCGUCGGUCUCGCCUCGAUAUCGAGCUCGAGGACCACCGCCGCGUCCUCGACGCUGACGUCGGCGUCGACGUCGCGCGAGCUGGCCAACGGCCUGCCGACCGACGUCGCCAUCGACGACGGUUGCCCGACCGACGCCGCCAGCCCCGUUGCCGCCACCACCGCCGCCGCCACCCUGAUCAAGCUCGAGGAGUCCCAGAACAAUCCGAGCUUGGCGGACCUGUACUCGUUGACGGACCUGCUGCAAAUACAGCCGUCCGAUUUCAAGCUCGAUCUCGACAUGGAAACGAUCACCACCGAUCUGGACACGUUCGAGACCGCCAGUUCGAGCAGCGGCUCGCAUUUCGAGUUCUCCUGCACGCCCGACGUCACGGACAUGCUGUCGACGAUCGGCGUCGGCAACGACUGGGUCUGCUUCUGAGAAAAAAGGGAGCGCGACGCGCGGCCGCGAACACCUCUUUUUUUGUUGCACGAUCUUUGCAUACCCAAUUUCGAAUUUGGAUCCUCGUGCGUAUCGGCGACGAUCACGCUCGCGUUAAAUAUUCGACGACAGGUUUCUUUUUUACUUGGACCGAGGCCUUAACCACCGUGACGAGGGACGUGUUUAUCGACCGGUUCUGUUUUGGGACACGCCACGAGUCUCUUUGUACAUCUACUGUAGCAUAUUAGGAUUACUAUUUUUUUCUACUCUAUAAUUUAAGCUUACGAUAGAAACCCGUUCAACGAACGAUCGCUGACCACUGAAACACUCGACCACAAUCGUUCUAUCAUGUGAAUAUUCGUAGAUGCAUGUGUUAGUAAUAUAUACGUAUACGUACGCAUAUUACAUAUAAAUUACAUACGAAUGUUAUACGCACGCGCGUGUGUAUAGAGAUAUGUAAAACACUCGUGAAACAGGUAUAUGCAUGCAAACGUAAGCAUUAAUGGGAAAAAGAAAACGAGAAGAAUGAUGGUUCGACCAGGCAGCAUCCAGAGAGUACUCUUUGAAAAUGCCCCGCGACCAGUGCGUAACGGAUCGAACAGCGGACGGCCGAGAGAAACGGAAAUCGGUAACGUAAAAAAUGGUGUGGAAUUUGUGUUCGGUCGUCUCGCAAGUUCGUGCCCGCGAAUGUGUUCUUACGUUUCGUGACAUGCUUCAUUUUCUUGCGGCUGAGGCUCUGGGGACCAUACGGACCCAAAGUAUAUAAAUAUUGUUACUCGAUUAAUUCAGUUUCUGGUAAUUCGGGUACACAUAUUUGCACACGUUUCAUCGUGGUCUAUAGAAAAAUUAAUAUUUCUAGCAGGAGGACCGGAAAAACUUGUUGCCAAAAAAUUGAUAAAUAAAAUUAUAAACGACGCCAUACAUGCUCGGAUGUAUUUUUUUACGAAGAAGGGUUCCGUUCCUCGAGCAUUAAUCGAUAUUUGAGCCGUUUAUUUU